CACACCUCUCGCCAUGCCGCACCCCGUGACCGUCGCGACGUGCUCGCUCAACCAGUGGGCCCUCGACUUCGACGGCAACCGCGAGCGCAUCCUCGCGUCCAUCGCCGAGGCACGCCGGCGCGGCGCGACGCUGCGAGUCGGCCCCGAGCUCGAGAUCCCCGGCUAUGGCUGCUUCGAUCACUUCCUCGAGGGCGACACGACGCUGCACAGCUGGCAGGUGCUCACGCAGAUCCUCGCCGGCGAGGCGACGCGCGACAUCAUCGUGGAUGUGGGCAUGCCGGUGAUGCACCGCUCCGUGCUCUACAACUGCCGCCUGCUGCUGCACAACUCGCGCGUGCUCCUCAUCCGCCCCAAGAUGUGGCUCGCCAACGACGGCAACUACCGCGAGAUGCGCUACUUUACGCCCUGGACGCGCCGCGGCGAGACCGACGAGUUUGCGCUGCCGGCGAUGGUGCAGAGGGUGGCCGGGCAGGAGACGACGCGCUUCGGCGACGCCGUGCUGCAGACGCGCGAUACGACGGUCGGCGUCGAGCUGUGCGAGGAGCUCUUCACGCCCGCGAGCCCGCACAUCGCGCAGGGCCUCGACGGCGUCGAGAUCUUCAUCAACUCGUCGGCGAGCCACCACGAGCUGCGCAAGCUGCACCGGCGCGUCGACCUGAUCAAGGAGGCGACGCUCAAGCUCGGCGGGGUGUACCUGUACGCCAACCAGCAGGGCUGUGACGGCGACCGGCUGUACUACGACGGCUGCCCGCUCAUCGCGUGCAACGGCGCCGUCGUGGCGCAGGGCACGCAAUUCAGCCUCGACGACGUGCAGGUCGUCACGGCGACGCUCGACCUCGACGAUGUGCGCGCAGCGCGCAGCGCCCGCUCGCGGGGUAUGCAGUCGGUGAGCGGCGCCGCCGUCAACGAGGGCCGCGGCUACGAGCGUGUGCGCGUCGAUUUUGAGCUCGGCGCCAGCGCCGCGCCCGACGUGCUCGCGAACGGAGACGAUGUGCCGUUCCUCGAGCCGCGGCCGACGACCGAGCCGGUUGACGUCUUCUACCACUCGCCGGAGGAGGAGAUCGCCCUUGGGCCGGCGUGCUGGCUGUGGGACUACCUCCGGCGCUCGCGCACGCAGGGCUACUUCAUUCCCCUCUCGGGCGGCAUCGACUCGUGCGCGACGAGCGUCAUCGUGUUCAGCAUGUGCCGCCUUGUGCACCAGGCCGCCACGGCGCCCGACUCGCCGACGCGCACGCAGGUGCUCGACGACGUGCGCCGCAUCGCCGGCGAGCCCGAGGGCAGCACGUGGGUGCCGCGCGACGCGCAGGAGAUCAGCAACCGCCUCUUCGUGACGUGCUACAUGGGCACGCAGAACUCGAGCGCCGAGACGCGCGACCGCGCGCGGGACCUUGCCGCAGCGAUUGGCUCCUACCACAUCGACCUCAACAUGGACAUCGUCAUCGACGCCAUCAUCACGCUCUUCACGGCUGUGACGAGCCGGACGCCGCGCUUCAAGGUGCACGGCGGCUCGGCGGGCGAGAACCUCGCGCUGCAGAACAUCCAGGCCCGCCUGCGCAUGCUCCUGGCAUACAUGUUCGCACAGCUCGUGCCGUGGGUGCGCGGCCGGCCCGGCGGGCUGCUCGUGCUCGGCAGCGCCAACGUCGACGAGAGCCUGCGCGGCUACCUGACCAAGUACGACUGCUCGUCGGCCGACCUCAACCCCAUCGGCGCCAUCUCCAAGACGGACCUCAAGCGCUUCAUCGCGUACGCCGGCGGCGCCUUCGAGCUGCCGAUCCUCGAGAGCUUCCUGAACGCAACACCCACGGCCGAGCUCGAGCCGAUCACGCACGACUACGUGCAGGCCGAUGAGGCGGACAUGGGCAUGACGUACGACGAGCUCAGCAUCUUCGGGCGCCUGCGCAAGGUCGGCAAGGCCGGGCCGUAUUCGAUGUUCUGCAAGCUCGCACAGGAGUGGGGCACGCAGCGCAGCCCGGCCGCCAUCGCGGAGAAGGUCAAGCUCUUCUUCUUCGAGUACGCGCGCAACCGGCACAAGAUGACGACGCUCACGCCCAGCUACCACGCCGAGUCGUAUAGCCCCGACGACAACCGCUUCGACCUCCGGCCGUUCCUGUACCCGUCGCGCUUCCCCUUCCAGUUCCGCCAGAUCGACCAGCUGGCGGCCAAGAUGCCCGACCGUUCCGUCGCAGCGGACAAGUGAUCACCCUAGACUGUCACAUCCGGAUAGACGCCUCGCAAUGCACAUCAUGCCUCGCGCC